CACAGAAGCUCUGGGCAGCAGCCCAAGAGCUGCACAACGGCACGGCUGCCCUGGUUUCCUCAUGAAUAUUGGGCAAGUGACACAUUAUGGGUGGGGACAAUUUGGAUAUAAGUGAUCACAGCAUCGAGUCAAAGUAAGUUGCUCAAACAGACGACAAGUCAUUAUUAAGAUUAGCCUCUCGUUGACAAUGGCAACGGCUCCACCCAACUCUUACAAAUCAGCUGAAGAGCCACUGGAGACGAAAAGCAUGCAAGAGUUUAUACUCUUCGCCAAAGACAUGCUCAGUCAGAAACCCAGUCGACAACUGAUCAAGGUUUACCUCAUGGGCUCUGCUUUUGCAGUACUGGGGACUGUCAUCGGACUGAUUGAGAUGGUGUCUCACCCAUUCUCUUCAGGAGAGCCAAUGGACGCUGAGAUGCUUCUCGUGAUGGCUAAGGAGCAAAAGACUGUUGCCUCCGCGACACAAUGCAAAGACAAGGUGCCGUCAAAGUGGGAAGAGCAAGAGCAGGACAUGAUCCAGGGCAUGACUUUCACCAAGGUCUGCAGUCAAAGAAGUUUGUCCAAACGUCGACAUGCUUCAAGAAGCUAACUUCUUCAUCAAAGACUGCUGUUGAGAAAAUAUUGGUGUGCAACACCUACUUUGUACAACGUCUGCUUGAACACGUCAAUGAAAACGAGCUCCAAGUGCUCUUUUUACACUUGAAUCAUGGCUCAUUGAACUCUAACUGUCAAUUUAUGCACUCGUACAUUAUAAACUACAUGUUUUUAACCCUUGCACAAACACUUUUCAUGUUAAGUAAAGACUGUGUUGGUUAUUAUGGACACACUGUGAAAGGAUUAUUUUUUUUAUACCGCAUGUGAAAGGUUGUCCUUGUCAGCGCUGAGCGAUGGCGCCCCCUGGUGGGAUAAUUAAAACGGCUGUUGACUUAACGUCCCACUUGACAAACCUUGAAAUACAUGCGAUGUUUUUGUUCAUCAAUAAAGUACAUUUUAUAUUUUAAA